AUGCAUCUAGAGGACCUGGGCUUGCCAGCUUCUAGUGUCUUUCGAGAGGACGGUGUGCAGAAGGUUAGGGAUUUGUAUCGUAAGAAAAUGGGUGAUAAAGUCCCGGUUUCGGAAUGGUUUUGGCACAAAAAACGGCGGCAACGGAAGAAGGAGCCGGGAACUCUCGAUUGGGCCGGCGAGUGGUCAGAGGGACGGACAUUCAGCGAGACAGGUCCGGAAAGCAAGCCGAAGCGGUCGCACGAAGAGGAGGAUCCCCCUGGAGCCCUUAUGGGGGGUAUCCAAGACCUGGUGGGAAAACAGGCAUCUAAAGUAGACGCCAAGACAAGAGAAGCGGUGUCCCCUACGCGGUUCGCGAGGAAGUACCUGGGGAGCUCUCAAAGUGUUGACAUCAACGCUGAGGCCGCCGAUAUACAGCAGUGCAUGGGCAGGAAGGAGGGAGAGCCCGCGGGGAAGCCGGAAUAUGAUAAGUUGGAAAAGGAGCGGUAUGGGGAGAAGGAUGGGUCGGCGGCCCUUGGUGAUGACUCGGGCUUGACGGCGACUGAUAGGAAGGUUAUAACGGAUGUGGGCACUAAUAUAAUAGGACAGCUAAGAGCAGCAGCGGCUAAGUAUGCGGCUACGGGCAUAUCGCCGGAGAUGCUCCUAAGGGAGGGGUAUUGUGGUUCGGGCGGAGGGAUUGAACACACUAAGAGGACGCAGGAAUUGGCGGCUCAUAAGGGCUCUUCGUUUGUUAAGCUCCUUGAGGCAGGGCAGGGCUGUACGGAAAAUAUCAACCUGUUUAUCCGCUCAAUCGGUAGUCGAGUAGCGACCGCUCGAGGGGCUAAGAAGGAGAAGCUGUUGGCCAAAGCCUUGGAGGUCCACGACAAGAUGAUCGAACAUGGUUUCGAGACCAAUGAGGAUACCUACGUUAGUUUGAUGAUUGCAUGCUAUGAUGAGGCGGAGCUGGCGAGGAAGGUUUAUAUCAAGAUGAGGGAGCAUCUCCUGGCACCGUCACUCAAGGUGUAUGGUGCUUUGAUAAAAGCGCAUAUACGGGCUCAUGACAUUACUAGUGCAUUUGCAUUGCAGCGCAAGAUGGAGGACGAAGGGCUCAAGCCAGGCGUCGAGAUCUACACUAUGCUGAUUGACGGCUUAGUGAAAGCGGGGAGAUACGAAGUGGCGUGGGAGCAGUUUUGGGAUGCGCGGUCGUUCAAACAGAUCCAACCUGACUCGGUAAUGUUCACGGUGAUGGUGAAGGCGUGCCGGAAGAAGGAGGAGUGCGAGAGGGCGAUGGGUGUCUUUGAAGAUAUGAAGCAGAGUGGACAGUUUCCGACGGACAUCACUUACCAGGAGUUGAUAUUGUGUUACAGCACGGAUAAGUACUUCGCCCCUCGAGCCUUUGAGAUCUGGAAUCAAAUGCAAGCGGAAGACAUGUCCAUGACGACGCCGAUCGCUAGGGGGCUCCUGCAGGCUUGUGCCACUCUGGGAGAUGUAUAUGCUGCUGGUGGUUUCGCGAGUCAUGCUAUUGACAUGGUGCAACAAUACGCUUCCUUUGGGGUGGCUCCGACCGUCCGAACAUAUGAGACGUUGCUGAGGAUGCUCGGGAAGGGUAUGGGAGAUAACGCUAGGUUUAUGGCGUUGUACACUCAAAUGAAGGAACACUUUAAGGCGAUUGAGGUUAGGGAAAUUGAGAAGAAGAAGGAGAUGAUGGGAGCAGCGGAUAACUCGCUGGUUGGCGUGGAGACGAUCGAGAACAAUGCUUUGGUGGUCCCCGACGAUCCGGACAGGUGUCCGUCACAGAUGAGUGAGGAGAUGCUACGACUAGCAUUGGAUGUGGCGAUGAACUCGAAGAGCAGUCGAGCCACUCUGGCUGUCUUGGAUGACAUGUACAGUCGUGGGGUGAUGCCAUUGCCCUACCAAGCUGGCCGGCUGGCGAAGGUGGGCCGUAAGGUCGUGCAGUUGCAUCAUAUGAUAGGCAAGCUCGUCGCCAAGAAUCGGCAACAGAUGUUCGAUAAGGUCAGCAGACGGAAGAAACUGGAUGAACUCGAGAUUCGCCAACAUGAGCUGUUGCUGGCCAAAGACGGCCUUACGACCUUGGACGCCACUCCGUUGCAUGAAGCUCGAGAGCGGUAUUGGGAUCACAUCGAUAGGAAGAGUGGUGGUAAGGAUCCAUCACUACCAUAUGAGCAAUACAGACAGAUGAAGAAAAAAGGCGGAGACUUUUACGCGAAGAUGCGGGAUAAGCCUCAACCCAAUUUCAUCGCGGAAAAAUUCAUUUAA